GAAGGGUUGACAGGAGCCCUAGGUGCCAAGGGCGAGUCCCUCUCUUUCAUACAGACAUUAGUAUACCAGCCCCGGACCGAUAUAAAAAGGGAGGCAGCCCCAGGACGUGAUCACUGAUCAGCUUUCCUCAUCGACGUCAACAUGAAGCUUAUCAUCCUCAUCUCGGCUGUGUCUAUGGCUCUGGCUGCCCCAACGAUUCAACCUGACGUCGACGAAACCACGAAGACAGUCGUGCCCAUCAUGAAGGACGAGAGGGUGCAGGAUGUCGACGGGAGGUUCAACGUCGAGUUCGAAGCUGGCAACGGCAUCGUCUUCGCCCAGGCUGGUUCUCCGGACGAUGAGACCGGCGCUGUCGUCCAGGCUGGGCAGUAUUCGUACACAGCCCCUGACGGCACAGACGUCGUCGUGAAGUUCGUCGCCAACGAGAACGGCUUCCAGCCCGAGUCCGACAUGCUACCAGUGGCUCCCGAAUUCCCCCACCCGAUUCCCCAGUUCGUCCUCGACCAGAUCGCCUUCGCCGCCGAGGAAGACGCUCAACGAGCAAAGGAAUUGGCUUCUGGCGAAGCGGAAGCUCAUCAGUAAUCCCUUCUUACAUUCGAACUUCUGACUUCAGAGCUCCCUGAGUUACAGCUGUCAUGCUUUCUACACAUUGCUCUUAUAUUUUUUUUUUCGAUUUUGCAUUUAAGAUAUCGAAUCAUGUUAUUAAGGAAUAUUUAUUAAUAUAAUAUUUAUGUCACAAUCUGGCACUUUGAAUAAAGAUUUUGAAGACAGAGAA